AUGUCAGGAAGACAAAAAAGCGAUAGUCUGGAGACUCUCUUUUCUUUUGAGCUUUUGGUGGAAUGUAUCCGAAUCCAGAAAGAGAGUAAGGUUUCCGAUGAGCUGGCUCUCGGGGUACGUCUACUGGAUUUUCCAACGCUGAUCAUUUAUCAGCCUCAGCAGAGCAGCGGUGGCAUUAACCAACAAGAACAUCAUGGAAAGGAUCAGCGGGGAGAACACAUCUUUAACAGGGGCAAGUCUUGUUUCUUCAAAAUGAACAUGAACUUACUGCACACCCAGUUAUCUAACAGCCCCCUCUACGCUAUGGUGUUGGAUGUGAAAGAGGAGAUCCCGAAGUUAGUGGGGACCUCGCUCGUCUCACUGGCCUCUGUGAUGGACAGGAUCAGACAGGAUGUCACUGAACAUGGUGCUUCUACUCCCUCGUCUCAUGGUGAAAGGGGACUUGUUGGUAUAUGCAACCUGAUGGGGGAGAAAAUCGGAUCAAUUUCCCUGAGUUAUAAACUGCUAAGUCUGGGAGCUAGUUUGCUGCCUCAUAUCACAGACAGUAGUAGGGGACUUAAAAGCACCAAUGUACAUGGAGAACAAUAUGUACAAGUAUCUGAAGAGGUGUUGUGUGAUGUGAGCAGAAACAUCCCAAACAAGAAACCACCAAAUGAGAAGCAGACUGAACACAAGCCAAGAAGCCAAAUGCCUCAGACACUCAAAGAAACUGAAAAUGUUUUUGAAGAUUUAACCGUGUUUUGUCCACCACAUCUCUUUUACAGUAAUUCUGCAGAGGAAAAAAGCGAAAAUGAAAGGGGUGAUUGCAACUUAUUGAAUCUAGAUUCAGAGGUUUUUACAUAUGAAGACACAUACUCAGAGGAAGACAUAGCUGACAGUAAAACUGAAGGUGAAAGCCCUACAACGAUCGAUCAGAGUGUGAGAGAUGGUGUAAAAACGUCAAGAAGACAAGAAACAAGUGGGGCGACUCAAAAUGUCCUUGGGGAAGCUUUACAACAGUUGCCUCUACUGAAUGCUCUUCUUGUUGAGCUGUCGCAGUUGAAUGACCAGAACCCACACCGGCCGUUGUCUAUUCAUCCCAAUCUUGCUUGGAUUUACAGGCCUGCUUCCACAGAUGGGCAUGGAAACACAGCAAGAAAGGCGCAAAACAAAUCACCGCAGGCAACCAGACAGCGGACUAGUCCCCAUUUAAAGCAUUUACAUUCCCCCAGAAACUGUUCUACACCACUAGUUAGGCCUGCAUCUGUUAAAGUGAAAGACAAACAAGAAGAGGCUUUGAUUGAGAGCAAAAGCUCUAGUACAUUUCCCAAGAAGAAGCUUGUAUAUGGUACAACUAAGACAUUUAAUCUAAGACUGAAGCAAAUUUCCUCCUUGAAAGUAAAACGUCAUGAAUGCAUGGAAUUAAUGCAGAAUGAAACACCAUCAUUGAUGGCCAAAGGCAAGACAAAGUCAAGUGAUAAGAUCGUGAAGUCCAGCAAAAGAAAAUCAGCAGUAAACCAGAGCUCCGGUGUCAAUGAAAAUAUUGAGACAAUGAUUCAAAGCAUCACAGUGGGCUCUGCAUUACAAGAAACAGUCACGCUAAAAAAGAAAAAUCUGCAUGGGAAGGUUUGUGGCAAAUUAGACAGACACUCUCAGAGAAUUUCAGGACAACCGUCUCUUUCUGAAAGAGGUUUGAAAUGUAUACACAUUCCCGGUGUGGAUGGUGUUGCCCAAGACAAAGACAAGAACGAGCAUCACAGUGAAUCAAAUCAAUUGCAGUCUGACUCUGACAGGCACAGGGACAAAAUUGAAAGUUCAGGAAGCAGCGGGCACAGCAGCCCGAGAUCUUCAUUUUCAGACUCCGUCACGGAGGGAAACGAGGAGGCAGACUACGCCGAUGACUUCACCAGUCUUGAGCCCAGCGAUGCCUACUCUCCUGACCCUGCAAGUAGCCCUGAGCCCUCCAGAGCCAAGACUCCCAGGUCUCCCAUCCGCCCUGACUUCUGCAACUCUGACUCUGGCUCUGAAGGUUUCCAGAGGAGAACGGUCCUCCCCAUGCCCAUCAAAGCCCCCAGCUCUCCACAGCACGCCCUGAGGGGUACACACAUCAUCCGACCUCGAACCCACGCCUCGGCCCUCAGCUUUUCCUCCGAUGACGUUGAGAGAGACGGGCCGGCCUCCUUACAAACCAUACGCUCCAGAAAACAGAUGUCAGACAGUGGCGGAAUGGGACGGAGCUCUGGCGCUGACAGUUUCAUAUCGUCAAGAGGUCAAAUGAGCGAGUCAACCAAGAACAGCAGCCCAGUUCGAGGGUUUUCUGCAGAAUCAAUAUCCUCCUUUGAACCAGAGGAGGCAGAGGAACUUGAGGAUGAGCUUGGAUCUCUCGAUUUCAGAAAGGAGUAUCAGCAUAUCUCUAAGCUAGUGGCAAACAAACUCCCCGGUUACACUAUGUAAAAAAAUAUAAUUACAUAUUAUGGAAACAUUUAAGACGACAUUAUUUCCCUUAAGCAAGUCAAACAGAUGAGUAGCAGCAUUAUACUGUGU